AUGGCUCCCUCGCGCAUCGAUACGCCUGAGGUCACAUCGGUUGCGCCAACCAAACUCCAGUCGACCCAGAAACAAGAUACCCAGUAUGGCGAUUUCCGCGACGCCUUCUUCCGUGACGGUUACGCCGUCAUCAAAGGCGCCUUGACCCCCGAACGCGCCCAGAAAUACCAGAGCCGGGCUCUGGACUGGCUCGAGUCUUUCGGCCUUGGUUUCGACCGCAACGAUAAAUCCACCUGGAAGAAGGAAAACCUGCCUCAGAGCUGGAAGGGAGGAAUGUACCUCCACUUCUCCGCAGCGCACGAGAAAUACGUCUGGGACGUCCGGUGUGAACCCGGCGUGAUCGCUCCCUUCGCCAAACUGUGGGAGACCGACGAGCUGGUCGUCUCCUUCGACACCGUGAACAUUACCCUUCCGCAAUCGAUCGUUGGCGAGUACGACUCCAAGCCCUGGCCUCACGUCGACCAAGCCCCCGAGCGACGGGGUAUGGUCUGCGUGCAGGGCAUUGUGAAUUUGUCCAACGCGGGACCCGACGACGGCGGCCUGGUCGUGAUGAAGGGCUCGGCUCCCCUGUUCGAUGACUUCUUCGCUGAGAACCCGGUGACGGGGCCCACGCCAUGGCGCACCGCCAAACACAAGGACUUCCAUCCGUUCUCAGAGGAGAAUCUCGAGUGGUACCGCGCACGCGGCUGCGAGCUGAUCAAGGUGUGCGCCGAACCGGGCGACUUGAUCAUCUGGGACUCGCGGCAGAUUCACUGGGCGCAGUUUGGAGAGUCGGACGUCGUGCGCACUAUCGUCUACGCUACCUACACGCCGGCGAAGUGGAUGUCGGAGGAGGACCGCCAGAAGAAGACGGAGCUGUUUGAGCACUACGAAACAACGACCCAUUGGCCGCACACAAAUUUGUAUACCCAUGGCAAGGCGACGGUGACUGUCGAUGGGCAGGAGAGACCAGAUCCCUUGGAAAGAGAUGAGCCCAUCACGAAGCCCGAGCGGACGGAGCAGUUGUUGAAGUUGGCCGAUCCUCUCAACUUACCCCAAUGGCACAAGUGGGUGAUUACCUGUGUUCUAGGAAUGUUCUCUGUUUUGGGCGUGCUAUUGACGUCGGGAAUGGGUCCUUUCACUACGACGAUGCAUGCCUACUACAACUACGACCCGCGGACGAACGACCUUAUGACCUAUCCCACCCUGUUCAUGGGAAUAGCCAACUUCAUUGCUAUGCCACUGGCUAUGGCAGUUGGGCGGAGGCCAAUAUUUCUAGCCUCGGCCUUGAUCCUGACGGUAGCCGGACGAGACGUUCUGUCGCUGGCGGCGGGACAAUCAGAAGCCCUUUGUCCGCUGAUAAUUCAGGAAAUUCACUUUGUCCACGAGCGCAGCAGCAAGCUUGCCUGGUUCAGUGCGAUCCAAUCCAUUGGAUCCGCGGCCCUGACAAUCGCCACAUCUUACCUUGUCAUCAGCCUUGGCUGGCGCUGGUGGUACGGGAUCUUCGCCAUAGCUAGCGGUCUUGUAUUUAUAGUGGCCUUCCUUUUCGUCCCAGAAUCCCUCUAUGACCGCCCGACGGAUGCCUUCGAAGGCCGAGUCCACAUCCGUCACGAAGGUGAAGAACUCGUCACCGUGCACGCAACAACCAAGCACCCAGUCCCUCUAGAUUUUACGCGCUACAAAGCUCGAACCUUCCGUUACAGCGUGAAGAUCUUCCAUGGUCCUGCAGACUGGCGCGCCGCGGCUGUCUGCUGGAAGCAAAUGGCCCAGUGUAUCCUCUUCCCAAACAUUCUCUGGGUCGUGCUGAUGAACAGCGUCGCACUGGGCAUCUAUGUGAUUGGUGUGACCGAAUACGCACCGUUGCUCGCCGCACCCCCCUACAGCUACCCGAAUACCAGUCUGGGCCUUGUCCAGGGUGGUCAAAUCGUCGUGUCCAUGCUCAUGGUGCCUAUCUUGGGAUAUGGUGGUGAUCGCCUGCAUCGGUGGAUCGCCGGUCGCCGUGGAGGCGUUGUGGCCCCCGAGAUGCGUCUCAUCCCUAUCAUACUUCCCAUAGCCGUUGUGCUCAUUUCCGCGAUUAUCUACGGCCGUGCCGGCUCACAUCCUACCGAAUGGUCCUCGUGGGCCAUCGUCACUACCUUCAAUGGCAUGUAUUUUGGAUUCAUUGGAAUCGUGUUGAACGGGUUCACCUACUCGCUGGAUAGUUACGGCGAGCGCGCAGCGCCUAUCCUGGUACUGAUAUGUGCGAUUCGUGGGUUGAUCUCCUUUGGUAUUUCGUUUGGCAUCACGAGCUUUAUCGCCCAGAAGGGCUUUCAGGGCAGUCUGAACAUCUGUGCUAUUAUCAUGGGCGUGAUCUCGGCAUUGGGCGUGCCGGUCUUUAUUUUCGGACCCACGAUCAGGGCGAUGACGAUGAAGUAUGCGGUCGAUGGGAGGAGUGUUGAGAUUUGA